AAAAACUUUGUGAACGGGGAAAACAGGACAAGGACGAGGAGACAGAGAGAAAAAGAAGGUGAUGAAGAAGAGAGAGGAAGAGCAGUGUCUCUCUGGGAAUGAUGGUGUUGACACUGGUGCCCCCCUCUCUGUCGCCAUGACGAUGCCGUUCAGCCCCCUGUCCAGCGACGAGGAGCAACAAAGGAUGCUGGGAAACAGCCGACACCUCUAUCCAGGGGCAGAGGACGAGGAGGAGGAGGAGGAGGAAGAGGAGGAGGAAAUGGAGGAGGACGAGCGCGAUGAGGACGGGGAGGAGGAGGAGAACGGCGAGCUGGAGGGGGAGGAGGAAGACGACGAGGAGGAGAUGGUGGAGGAGGUCCGGAGAGGAGGCCUGUCGAGGGGGGGCAGAGGUGAAGGACACAGGCAGUCGGGUAAACUGGCCGGACGACCCGGCGGGGACAGACAGAUGCGUCCGGGGAACCCUGGACACACCGCUAACCCCUACUCAUCCAACCCCGGACCCACACACCAACAGCCAGCCAAUCAGAUACAGCAGCAGCAGCAGAGGAGGCUGAAGGAGCGCAGCGCCAGCUCGGCGCCAUCUGAGGACGCCCACAUCGCCAUGAUGGUGUUUCGCAUUGGGAUCCCAGACAUAAAGCAAACGAAAUGUUUGCGGUUUAACCCAGAUGCCACGGUGUGGAAGGCCAAGCAGCAGGUGCUGUGCUCCCUCACCGAAUCACUGCGGGACGUCCUGAACUACGGUCUGUUCCAGCCGGCCACGGACGGCCACGAUGCCAAGUUCUUGGAGGAGGAGAGGCUGCUCAGAGAGUACCCACAGUCCUUUGAGAAAGGGGUGCCAUAUUUAGAGUUUCGAUACAAGACCAGGGUGUACAAGCAGACCAAUCUGGAUGAGAAGCAACUGGCCAAACUGCACACUAAGGCCAGCCUGAAGAAAUUUAUGGAUUACAUCCAAACCAGCGCUGUGGACAAGAUGGGCAAGUUCCUAGACAAGGGCCUCGAUCCCAACUAUCAGGACACUGACACCGGCGAGACUCCUCUGUCCCUGGCAGUGCAGUGUGAGCCGGGCGGAGGUGAGGCCAUCCGGGUCCUCGUGGAGGGAGGGGCUCAUAUCGACUUCCGCGCCAAAGAUGGACUGACGCCGCUACACAAGGCUGUUCGAGGCCACCGCCAUACAGCCCUGCUGGUCCUGCUGUCUCUGGGUGCGUCUCCAGACUAUAAGGACCGGCGAGGGCUGACACCACUCUACCACACUGUGCUGACGGGAGGCGACACCUCCUGCUGCGAAACACUGCUUUACCACCGCGCCAAGCUGGGCAUCAGGGACGAGAACGGCUGGGACGAGACACAUCAGGCCUGUCAGAACGGGAACUCGCAGCAUCUGGAGCACCUCCUCUUCUACGGGGCGGAUUCCUCUUCCCAGAAUGCCUCUGGAAACACUGCCUUGCACAUCUGUGCUUUAUACAACAAGGAAAGCUGUGCACGAAUUCUGCUCUACAGGGGAGCGAAUAAAGACACAAAGAAUAACAGUGGGCAGACCCCCUUUCAGGUGGCUGUCAUGUCCGGCCAUUUUGAGCUGGGAGAAAUUAUCAAGAACCACCGGGAUACAGAUGUGGUUCCCUUUGUGGAGUCUCCAAAGUACGCUCCCCAGAGGCGGGAGAGCGCCCGGACGCUGACGAUACCCCACCCUCACCCCUUCCUGCGGGCCAACAGCGACAGCAGCAUGAACCUGCCGGACUGGAUGGCAGUGCCCAACGCCCCGGGGACCAACAUCGUCUCUGUGCAGGGUUAUAAACAUACUGGUACCCUGCGGAGCUCCAGCAGCCCCAGAGGAGCGAGGACUCGGUCCCCGUCCCGAGGGAGGAUCGGAGACAAGGAGGACCGGAGCAGGCAGAGCCGGAGACAGGGGCCCGCUCCUGCCACCACCACCGUACAAACUGCAGGGCAGCGCAGACGCCUCUACAGCGCCGUCCCAGGACGAGUCUUUGUAGCCACUCGAGCGCACUCUGCACAGGGAGAGAGAGAAAUCAGCUUCAAUAAGGGAGACAGGGUCAAAGUGUUGAGUGUUGGUGAGGGCGGUUACUGGGAGGGGACGGUCAGGGGUCGCACAGGCUGGUUCCCCUCCGACUGCGUGGAGGAAGUGAUGCUUCGAAGCCAAGACAACCGAUCAGAGAGCCGUGGAGAACGAGCCAAAAGGCUGUUCCGCCAUUACACGGUGGGAUCCUACGACAGCUUUGACGCUCCCAGUGACUAUAUAAUCAAGGAGAAGACAGUGCUUCUGCAGAAGAAAGACAGCGAGGGUUUUGGCUUUGUGCUGAGAGGGGCCAAAGCUCAGACUCCUAUCGAGGAGUUUACUCCCACCCCGGCGUUCCCUGCCCUGCAGUACCUGGAGUCAGUGGACGAGGGAGGUGUGGCCUGGAGAGCCGGUCUCAGGAUGGGGGAUUUUCUGAUAGAGGUCAAUGGUCAGAAUGUGGUGAAAGUUGGACACCGGCAGGUCGUCAACAUGAUCCGGCAAGGCGGCAACAGCCUCAUGGUCAAGGUUGUCAUGGUAACCCGCAACCCUGACAUGGAGGAGGGUUCGAGGAAGAAAAUUCCCCAGCAGAGCAAGAGGCUGAGCACGCCGGCUAUCGCCCUGCGAUCCAAAUCCAUGACUUCAGAGCUGGAGGAGAUGGUGGAGAGAGCUGCUACCCCUUGGAAAAAAAAAUCAGAAUUCGAAUCCUCACAAGUUGCAGAGAAGAAGAGGACAGUCUAUCAGAUGGCUUUGAAUAAACUAGAUGAAAUUCUUGCAGCAGCUCAGCAGACAAUCAGCACCAAUGAGGCGCCGGGGACACGGGCACAGGGGCCAAAAAGAGACAGAGGACGAAGUUUCUAUGGCAAUGAGCCAAAUUACGGGGAUCAGUCCGGGAUGGGGAUGAUGUCGUCGGGGUUGGGCCUCGGCUAUGAACGCGGACAGUACACCUCAGGUCACGCCCCUCAGCACGGUAUGCUGCGGCAGAAAUCCAUCGGGGUGCCUGAGGAGGAGAAGCAGUUCCUGCAUCCUCCAACCAUGAAGUUUGCCCGCAGUCUGUCGGUGCCCGGCCCAGACGACAUCCCUCCUCCUCCCACCACUGCACCACCAGACCCUCCGUUCUCCUCCGCUCCGCCGCUAGGUUGGAGAGCGAAGUCGUCUCAGCAGCCGUCUGUCUCCGUGUCCCAGUCCACAUCCACCUCUGCGCACUACCAGCCCUACUCCCAGUCUGUGCACUUCACCCACGGGGGCAGGGAGAGAGCGGGUGGUCCCACCACUGGCCCCAGCAGCGGAGCGGUGGACCACACGACCUCGUAUGCACAUGCAUCUGCUCACACUGCUCAAAGCAGGACUGCUUCGCGGAAGGUUGCCUACACUGGGGAGGCUGUUGCAGCUGGUGGAGGGGCAAAGGCAGCAGGUCUUAGGAGAGGCUACAGCACCGCCGUCCCCCCAUCCAGCAUUGCCACUGUAAUGCCCCAACAACAACAGACUACCCAGAGUCAACCCCAGCGAUCAGACCGCAGUGCAGCCGGGGCUGGAGCAGGGGGUCCUAAAGGAGGGGCUCGGAGAGGUAAGGGUCCUCUGGUGAAGCAAUCCAAGGUGGAGGACCUGCGCGUCGGCCAAGGCACGCUGGGGGGCAAAGGCUCGGUGGAGAAAAGCUCCAUCCCCAUCCCCACCAUCAUCGUCAAGGCUCCUUCGACCAGCAGCAGUGGACGCAGCAGCCAGGGCAGCAGCGUGGAGGCCGACGCUCCUGCGUCAGGGGAGACAGAUGAAGCCAAAACACCCCACGGUCCUCCUCCUUCCACUCCUGCUCCGCAGCCCCCUGCCCCGCCUUCCAUCCCAGCACCGCCGCCUCCAUCCUUGCCUUCUAUGCGAGCCCAGGAAAACCUGGACUUUACCAGCCAGUUUGGGGCUGCCAUCGUCGGGGCAGCUCGCCGAGACAGGGAACGGUUUCACGAAGCCCGCAGAAAGAGUGCCUCCUUGUUUAUGUCUGCUGAGGAGGACGUGAGUCUCGGGGGAGUGAGUGACGGAGUAGGAGGAGUAACAAGGACUCAGGUGUCACAGCAACAGCUCAGCACACAGGCUGAGAGUUCAUCCACACGGCUCCGCCCUUCCAAGUCUAUUGACGAGGGCAUGUUCUCUGGAGACACCUUUAUCCAUCACACCCGCAGCAUGCCUCCAGCCUUUGGUCUACCUGAGUACUCGUCACCUGCCCUGGACUAUCAGCCUAAGUCUGUGCCUACUGACUUGUACACAGCAGCAGGCAGGCAGCCAGCUCCCUCCACCACCACCACCUUUAUUCACCCUCUAACAGGAAAGGCUCUUGACCCCACGUCACCGCUAGGCCUCGCCCUGGCUGCCAGAGAGCGCGCUCUGAGGGAUGAUAGCAGGUUAAGGAGGGGAGCAGAGCACCACUUCACCCGCCAGAUGUCGAGUGUGGUUUUCCCUUCAUCUACCGUCACCUCUCAGCCGGUGUCAUCUGCCGCUCAGUCCUCCAGCUCCUCCUACCUGGUCACCUCGUCUUCUCUGGCUGCCACUACGCCCACUGUCGGCCGCCCACCCUCACCCAGAAUCCUCAGAGGAGUCGGGAGCGUGUGGGGUGAGGAAGGCGGCGGAGGAGAGAGGGAGCGGGAGGGAGGAGGGGCUCGCGAGGGGCUGAGAGUUCGCUUCUCUGAGGACAAAACGGUCCACACGCACCAUUACCAGUCUCAGCCGUAUCAACCAACCUACAAAGAGAGGGAGCGGGAGAGGUCGAGGGAACGGGAGAGGGAGCUGUCGAGAGAAAGAGAGAGAGACAAAGAGAGAGAGGGCUACAUGAGGAGGGCAGAGCAGGCUGCCGCGAACGCAGCGGCCGCUGAAAGCGCCGCUCAGCAAGCGUCCCAGUCCCAGCAGCCUCGGAGGCCCUCUUUUCUCAGGAUGGAAAGUCAAGCUGAUGCCUAUAUCUUGUCCCUCACCCCUCCCUCUCCUCCACCUACCAGUUCUCAGCAGACCACUGGGGGCACUGGCCUGAUGGUUCUUCCUCCCCCCGCCCCCUCAGUUGAUGCAGACGACGAGUUUGUCUACGCAGACCCCCUCCCGCCUCCGUUAGAGUUUGCUAACAGCUUCGACAGGGGAAUAUCAGGGUACGCACAACACGGGAUGCUCCCCAACAGCCUGACGUCCCGCCAACAGCAGGUACCACCCCCGCCACCUCCUCCGCCUCCUCCCCCACCACCACCGCCUCCACCCCCCCAAAAAGAACCAUUCUCAAGCGGGUUUCCUGCUCAUACACCCCUGCCCUCACCUCAGGCGGGGGACUCCACCGCCUCCAGCCUCACGUCUUACGACAGUGAGGUGGCUAACCUGACUCAGUCCGCUCCCUCGCCCUCCCAGACCUCCCCCAACCCCCCGCCCCCUCCCUCGCCCUCUACCCUGCAGCCCACCUCGAUAGCAGGACCUCCUCCUCCCCCGUCAGUCUCACCACCGCCUCCUCCUGGAUCCUACCACAGACCCUUCUCUAUGUCCCACCCUCACCACCUUUACAACAGCACUCACACCCCUGGGCGCUCCUCUCCCACGCCUCCCCCGCACACAGUCGCGCCUCCCCCAGCCUACCGUGGUCCCCUAGCGCCCUCCUCCACUGCUGCCACCUCUGCUCCACACAGGGGCACUGCCUCCCAUGCCACGACCGCUAGCUGUGCCGCUAUAACCACCGCUGCUGCCACCACAACAAGCACCUCCACUCAGCUCUACCACGAGCGAACACAUACCACACAUACGACACCCUCCACCGCCAUCACGGGCACUCGCAGGACAGGGGAGCACCACCGUCCUCCCCCUGCCACCAAGAAAGGAGAGUCCCAGGAGACGGUGGUGGACUCUGGGAUUGAAGAGCUGGACAGCCGCAGCAGCAGCGACCACCACCUGGACAGCAUCCUAGCUCUAAGCGGAGCCGGCGUCCGAGGUGACAGGCUGGACCGAGGGGAGAGGGGAGUCGGAGCUGGAGGACGUUUGGGAGGGGGAGGCGGGACGGGGGAAUCAGAUAGGGGAGGAGAUUUUCUGGAGUCUUACAUGAGCUAUCCUGGAGGACAAACGUUUGAGAUGCAGAAUGCCACAGCAGCGGCCUCCACCUACCCAAAAACCAGCAGGUUCAGAGACGGAGGUCGCGCCGGGGAUCUACACAGGCAGACCAGUACCGCUCCCGCAUCCUUCCACUCCCACAGACGAAGAGACGAGCAGGAAGAUGACGAGAGCGAGGAGGGAGUGGCAGAGGAUGAAAGUGGCCAGGAUGGAUACGGGGUGAGGGACAUGCAGAGCUUGGGACGCCCCACUUCGCCAUACUUCGAUCGGCCACGCACCCCGGAGAUGAAACCUCUCUGGGGCGAGGGGCAAAUGGCCGGCGAUGGAGGCAGCGGCCAGCCCGGGACACUUUUAGAAGGGAAGAAGAUUUACCCUCCUGCUUCCAGUAUGAAGCCCAGCAUCAUUAAUGAGCUGAGCAACAAACUGCAGCAAAGAAGCAAGGACAGCUGGAGCAGCCAGAGACCACUGAGCAGACACAGAUUUUCAGAAGACUCAGCCUCAGCUCUGAGCCCCCCCUCGGCUCGAUCCCAGUCCCCGUCUCCGAUCUCGUUAUCGCAGCCAUCGUUGUCCCCGUCCCCGACACCUGCCUCCCAGUACCCCAACUGGGGCCGAUCCCCGUCUCCUCAGCCUCCAGCUGCAUCUCAGCCUCCACGUUCACAUUCCCCGCUGUCCCCGACGUCCUACUCCCCGUACCCCACCUCCCCCAAACACAGACCUGUCUACCGGACCAAAGCCCUAGAAUUCCAGUUCAUCCCAAGUCGCGAGUCCCGCAAAGCAGAAUCACACAUGCUCCAGCGUAGGCGAGCGCCCAGCCCCCUCAUCUCUCCGUCAGAGAGGCCCAAGCUGGGUCCACCACGCCCAUCAUCCCUCCCGCUCCUGCCCACCACUCCCCUAUAUAGCGCCAUCUACGACCUCCGAGGUUCAAUUACCCCGCCGUCGCCUGGGAACCCUCUUGGCGAUCCUUACUUCUCGCCCUCUCCUCCCCUGUUUGCCCCCUCUGGUGCCCCUCCUCCUCCAAACUCCACUUUAGUUGUUUCACGAUCCCUCUCUCCGACGCACUUCCUGUCUGGGACCUCGUCUCCACCCCUGCAUCCUCUCCCUCCGCCACCCUGCCUGAGUUACCCCCAUCUACCGCCCCCGUCCCCUACCAAGCCGUUUGCCUCCAAGCCGUUGCCCUACUGGACCAAGUAUGACGUCGCAGACUGGCUAGGAUACCUGAACCUGGGUGAGCACAGAGAGCGUUUCCUGGACAACGAGAUCGACGGCACCCACCUGCCCUCUCUGACCAAGGAGGAUUAUCUGGACUUGGGCGUGACACGUGUGGGCCACCGCAUGAACAUAGAACGAGCCCUGAGGAGCGUAAUGGACAGGCUGUCCAGCAGCCCAUUUCCCAUUUCUGUUCUCUCACCUCGGGACGGACAGACUGAGAGGAGGAGGGACGACGGGAGUCGGAGCUGAGGUUGCAAAUGCAGAGAGGGAGGGAGAGAGAGAGAGAGAGAGAGAGAGAGAGAGAGAGAGAAGGAAGGAGGGGUUGGAGUCAAUGAGGGAGGAAGACACAACUGCUGCUGUCCAUGGUAGAUUCACACAACAAAUGAGGGGGGAACAGAUUUCACACAGAGAGCGACAGAAAGAAGGGAGUCAAGUCCCAAAGGGAGAUGGAAACACAGGGACGGAAAAAGGGCUGACGAUCCAUAAAGGCACCGGCUGGCAAAUCCCCAGUUGCAGCAGGCUGAUUUACACAAGUACACUUCCCAAUAUACAUGCACAGUCACACCAAUCAACAAACACAAAACACCCUCUCAUCCAAAAUGCAUAUGAAGACACUAUGGCUGCAGCAGAUAGUGAGGAAAGGUGAUGAAACCGAACCAAAUACUUGAGAGGAACAAUCAAACGGCAGGUAGAUUUUUAAAAGAGUGGAGCUGGAGAAGACAGAGGCGUCCUUCACUGUGCAGCCAUCUUGUCCAGUAGUCCUCUUCCCCCUCAGCCAGCUGGUUAAUUCUGUUAAGAGUGGAACCCACCAAGAAUAUUUAGAGUGCAAUCAAUGACAACCCCUCCCUGCAUGAGUGGAUGCUAGUUUUAAAAUGAGGAUGAGAGUGAAUGUCGGUCUGUUUGGUGAACAUAGGACGACGCAGGAGCAGCAUAUCAUGACAGCUUCCUAGAGGUGACGAGGGCGCAGGCGGUUAGCUCGUGGUCCAGGUGGCUCGCUGCGUCUUUGGCUAUGAUUGGUUAGGUCUUGUUUUUACCUCACCACUGGUAGGGCUCUGUCCUCACUGCAGGUCCUGUCACCAGGAUCUUAUGUGUUUCUCUAUAGCUCUUUAUCAUCUUAAGUCUUAUAAUGACAUAUAUACAGACUGGUCACUGUAUCACAAAUUUGUAGCAAAAAUAAGUGCCCAGACCAACAACAUAAAAAAAGAAACACACUGAUACGCACACACAGGCACCCAAGUUACUACUAUACAUGCCUGCAUGCAUACACCAACAUGUAGACAUACACAUAUACACACAAGCACUUACCUGUGUUUGUGUUAGAGUUUAUGGGACACCUUAUAUAUAGACACACACUAUAUGUUUGGAUCCAAGAUGUACUCAUACAAAAAGGAGACAGACUGUGCUUUCAACUGUUAGACGGGACACGUGACAAUGUGAAGAGAAAUCUCCCAGAGGAUUUUAUUUACCGGGAAAGACUUCCUCUCAGCGUCGAGGCAACUGUCGUACACCCGUUCAGACCUUCUGUCCGAGGGAGACUGGAAAGGAGAGGGGAGGGGAAGAGGAAAAACUGCCAAUUUUCUUGCUCUUUCCCACCCAAUCCCCCCUGCUCCUUCCAGGAGUGGCCUCCCCCCCCUCCUCUUUCUCGACUAAAUCCAGGAGGAAACAAGCAGCCACCCGGCCGAUGGGGAUCUGAGAGUAACACUUAUAUCGAAUUUUAAUACUAUGAUUGUUCUUACAAUUUUUAAACUUUAAAUGGGAAUACUGGAAUACUGAUACUGAUAUGAAGAGAUUUAUUGUUACUAUUAAUCAUUACUAUCAUCGUCCUUACUGUUAUUAAAGCCUCAGAGAGUUCCUGGUUUCUGCCUUUGGAGGCUGAGUUGGCGCUCUUGUGCAGUCAGAGCGUUUUCUGCCUGCGUAGUGAAGAUAAUCGUGUUGGUUAUAUAUUUAAAUAUAUAUAUAUGUAGGUAUUUUUGAACUGAAAGAUGCAUAUUAUUUGGUGCACUGUACCCUUAACAUUGCUUCUAUGUGACGAGAAGCAUUGCAACUUAAUGUGAAGCACAUUUUUAAUCACUACUUUUUUUUUCUUACUGUUGUCAAGUCUGUGAAGCUUUAAUCAAAAUUACACUUUAAGGCCUCAAAAUAUUAUUUUCUCACUCUUUUU